GUCAGUUUAAUUUGUUUCCUGUUUUUGUGUUCUCUCUUUUGCUUGAUGGUAGGAUCUGAAGUUAACAAGAGAGGACUGUUACAUUCCCCCCAGAACCUGAUCUCUGUGAAAAAGUAUCAAGCUUUGAGCUUGAUGAUUCACUCUUCCCCUUCUCUUUCUUAGCAUCUGCAGCCAGGGGAUUUCAGUGUUCCUUCCAAGACUUGAGAUGGAGCAGUGCAAUGAGAGGAGGUUUGUGUGUAAGUUCUGUAACAAGAGGUUCGCUUGUGGGAAAUCACUGGGAGGUCACAUCAGAACUCACAUGAGCAACAAGAACACAGCUGAUUCAGAUGAGGAUGAUGAACACAAUAAGCUCGUAAUAGAUGAAAAUGGAGGUCAGUCUAGCUACGGUCUGAGAGAGAAUCCUAAAAAGAACAAGAGGUUUGUGGAUCAGAGAGAGAUGAUGGCUCUGAAACAUCAGCAGCAUCAACAUCAACAUCAACAGCGACUUCUUUGUUGCAGAGAAUGUGGUAAGGGUUUCCCUUCUUCGAAAGCUCUUUGUGGUCACAUGGCUUCUCACUCUGAGAGAGAGAAGAUUGUGAUGGAUAGUCAAUCUGAUACCGAAGCUUCUAUGUCUCCUACCAGGAGAAGAUCCAAGAGAGUUGUGAAACAUCAUCAUCACCACAAGGAUGAUGGUUUUGUAGUUGGUGGUAGCAUCAUGAAUCAAUAUGAUUCAGCAUCUUCUGAUGAGUCUGAGAUUGAGACGGAACAAGAGCAAAUGGCAUUGUCUCUGAUGAUGCUGUCUAGGGAUAGUUCAGGUUUCAAGAAGGGACAUAACUUGGUUGUGAACUCUUUAGCUGAGUCAUCAGACAACAACUCUGUGAUUCUUGAGACCAAGUCAUCUUCAGGAGAACAGCUGAAGAUCUUCGAGGUGAAGGAGCUUUGUAAGAAGGACAAAGUUGGAGUUGGGGUUGACCAUUUGAGAUCUGGUGAGGAUAAUGGUGAUGUUCUGUAUGAUUCAGAUAACUCUGAUUCUGGCUAUUUCAGGAAUGGACCAAAGAAGUUUGACUCAGAUGUCUCUGUUGAUGGCUUCCUCAGGAACACUGGAUUCAACAGCUCACAGGAUAAGAGCUUGAACAGAUUCAGGACAGGAUCAGAUCGUUCUUCGACUAAGUAUGAUCUGAGGAGAAGCAGAACAGGCUUUACUUCUUACGGUCAAAAGAAAAUCAAGUAUGAGUUCACUGAAUCUGUGUAUGACAGUGGUGAUCAGCAUAGCUUGGAGACUGAUUCUUGUGCGGACACAAUCAAGGUUCAUAAUAGUAAACCCCCAAUAGUUAAGAAAGCAAGUGGUGGUGGUGGUGGUGCAAAGAAGAAAAGUAAAGGACACGAGUGUCCUAUUUGCUUCAGGGUGUUUAAAUCUGGACAAGCUUUAGGUGGUCACAAGAGAUCACAUUUCAUUGGGAAUCAUGAACACAGGACUUUGGUGAUCCAACAACACCAAGUAGCUCAUGAGAUGCAUACUCUCAUCGAUCUCAAUCUUCCUGCUCCUAUUGAUUAAUGAAAUCACUAGUAACCGCAAUUUUGUUACUCAUUAUUAUUGCUUCCUCUCUGUAUUCAUUUUAUUGUUGCUUCAGAUUCAAGAAUGCUUUUUGGUUCAGAAGGUAAAUCAAAGUUCUCAUAUUUUAU